UCAUGAUCAGUGAAGAAACAUUAGGAGAAACAUUACAGGGGUGCUGUGUUUGUCAAUGAGAGAGCUCAUCUGUUCAACGCAUUUAAAGUGCUUUUGGCUUUGUGUAACUGGUUGCUUUAGUUGUGCAGAUAUUUUAGUCGAAACGCAGGAUUUUGAGCGCAGCGUGAUGAAGCUUGAGCGGCCGCAGAGGAACAUAACGGUGAUGAGUGCCAUUCUCUGCGCGCUGCUGUUGGGAUUCAUUGAGUCCGGCGCGCUCGCUGCGCGCAGAUUCCGCGGAGGUCGAAACCCGCAGCCGAGACGAGUGCAGCCCUCCGCACAGUACCGGGACCGAGGCGAAACCACCGAGAGUUUCUCACUGGAUUUCACGGCUGUUGAAGAGAACAUGGACAAUUUCAUGACUCAGGUGAAGAACUUGGCGCAGUCGCUCUACCCGUGCUCGGCGCAAAAGCUCGACUACGACAUGAAGUUACAUUUCCUGGAGAAUACAUCAGUCACCUGUAACGACGGGACCCCAGCAGGGUACUACCUAAAGGAGUCCAAAGGAAGCCGAAGGUGGUUGAUAUUUCUGGAGGGUGGCUGGUACUGCUUCAACAAAGAGAACUGUGACAGCAGAUAUGAGACUAUGAGAAGACUCAUGAGCUCCUCCAAAUGGCCACAAACCAAGACAGGCACAGGAAUUCUGUCAUCACUUCCAGAAGAAAACCCACACUGGUGGAAUGCCAACAUGGUGUUCAUCCCAUAUUGCUCGAGUGAUGUAUGGAGUGGAGCAGUGCCAAAAACUGAUCAAAAUGACUAUGCGUUCAUGGGCUCACUCAUUAUAAAGGAAGUUGUAAAGGACCUGCUGAGAAAAGGUCUGGACAACGCCAAGAUCCUGCUCUUAGCUGGAAGCAGUGCUGGUGGCACUGGAGUGCUGCUGAAUGUGGACCCAGUGUCGGAGCUCCUGGAGGAGUUGGGUCACCCCAACAUCCAGGUGAGGGGACUGGCUGAUUCUGGCUGGUUCCUGGACAACAAACAGUACCGCUGCACGGAUUGUGUAGAUGCAAUCAACUGUGCACCCACUGAGGUCAUCAAGAGAGGGGUCAAAUACUGGGGUGGUGUGGUUCCUGAGCGAUGCCGUCAGGCUUAUGAAGGAAAAGAAUGGAAUUGCUAUUUUGGUUAUAAAGUUUAUCCUACCAUUAAACGCCCUGUGUUCAUCGUGCAGUGGCUGUUUGAUGAAGCCCAGCUAACAGUUGACAACAUUCAUCUGACCGGUCAGCCCGUCCAAGAGGGACAAUGGCGGUAUAUUCAGAAUUUGGGUAUUGAGUUGAGGAACACUCUAAAGGAUGUCCCUGCCAUGUUCGCUCCAGCUUGCCUUUCACAUGAAUUCAUAACAAGAAAUUACUGGACUGAUGUUCAGGUCAAAGGCACGUCUUUACCCAGAGCGCUCCACUGCUGGGAUCGCAGUCUACACGAAAACAGCAGAAAUAACAAAGCCCUGCCCAAAGGUUGUCCCGUGCACUUGAUUGACAGCUGUCCUUGGCCUCACUGCAAUCCGACAUGCCCAACCAUCCGAGACCAGUCCACAGGGCAGGAAAUGAAUGUCAUUCAGUUCCUCAUGCACAUGGGCUUUGAUGUUCAGAAGAUGGCCCAACAGCAGGGCAUGGACCCUAGUAAGCUGCUGGGCAUGCUCAGCAGUGGAAGCUAAAUGCCAUGGACGGACUCACUUCCAACUGGGGCUGUGCUUCCUGACAGUCCGUUUGAUACCUCCAACCCCCUUAACCAACCUCAGAUUUGACCUCAUGCUGAGCUCUGCCCCUUGUCAGGGCUCUGUGCCAACUCUGUGGGCUUCCACAUCCAGUUAUCCUCAGUUAAUAAUUCCCUUGUCGAAAAGACCUUAAAGGAAUGCCAAGAGAAUUCCUCUCAUAUUUUGGAACCAAUCCUAAUGGAUCAAACAAGAAACCUUUUAGAAUCAAAUAAUCCCCUACUGGAUAAAUUUAAAUGCCUUUUUUAUUUGUAUUAUUAUUAUGCAGAAUUUCAGUGGAUAUAACUAGGAAUCCUGUUUGGCCACAUUUCAAAACACAUUGAUUUUGCCACGUUUAUGGCUCUCAUCCUCAAUAGCAUUUUCCUCCAGAGAAAAUGGAGCAUUUCGAAAAUGCUCUUUGAAAAAUGAUGACAUAAGGAAAUAAAAAAACAAAAGUGAUCCUUCAAAUAAAAUGUAUUGGUUCCACUUUAUGAUAGAAAUUCCAUUGGCAACCCUUAAGAUGUUUUGGCAAGGAACAUUCAAGAGUAGUGAUGGUGUCCAUUUUUCUAGAAUCCAUAUACGCAUUUAAGUCAGUGGUUCUCAACUGAUGGGUCUUGACCCAAAAUUGGGUUGCAGGUCUGUUCUGAUAUGGGCCAUAUUGACUGCAGGAAAAUAACAGCGCUAAGUGCAAAUAAUAAAAUGCAGUUAACCAUAUAAUAUUGGUUGGGAUAGCAAAUUAAAUGGGUAUAUCAACUUUUAAAAAGGACAAGAAAACACUUCCCAUAUCUUUUGCUUUUGACGACAAAGGCUUUGCAUCCAGUCCUUACUUGACACUCUACAGUAUUUGGUCACUUGGUAUAACUAGCCAAAGUAGGCCGAUACUAACAUGGCCAGGACAAGACAGGUUGAGUGCAUACCUUUCAACACUCCCAUUUUUCCCGGGAGUCUCCCGUAUUUCACACCCAUCUCCCACCCCCCUCCCAUUUUGUUAUUUCUCCCUAAUUUGUGUGGCCCAAACCGCAUUAUAUGUGUUGUUAAAUGAUGUUACUUAGCACAUUAAAUCAAAACAGCACAAUUUGUAUGUAUUUAGCCUGCCUCUGCCAUCCAGCACCGCCCCAUAUUUUAUUUUAUUAAAAAGAAAAUAUGAAAACUUUUUAUUAUCAGCCAAUGUCAUGUCAACAAUAGGCCUAUGCAAUUAACGGUAAUAUAAAAAAAAGAUUAUUAUAUAUUUUUGUGUACUUUUGUACCGUAAACCAGUGGGCCAGGGCCUAAACCAGUGGGCUAGGGCCCACUAGGGGCCAAUGAGCUCUUGAAGUCAAAAGGCUGAGUACAACUGCAUUAAACACAUUUUUGUGGUUGUUUGCCACUUAAUGUCCAAUGUACAUUCUGGGCCCUGACACAAAACCAGUUGAGAACUACUGAUUUAGAUGGUCAUUAUUGAGCAGCUUGGAGAUGAUGGAGCACCUCAGAUCUAGAAUUGGAAUGAAGCCCUUGUCAGAUCCAUCUCAAACCACAACACAAUACUGGUGAAAGUACUGAAGAGACAUGUACACCUACAUCUUUGCUCUUAAUUUAUCUUUUGGUUAUAAAAGUAACACGAAUGUAAUCCAGUUUUACGGAUCUUCAGCAUUGUUGUUUGCUUUGUCGUUGUUGUUUUUUUGUUUUAGUUGAUUUUUUUGACCAAUAUAUUUAGCUCAAGUUAUUAGUUUUAUAUGUCCAUUCAGAGAAAGAAAGUAGAAAACAAAGAGAGGACGGAGAUUGUAGAGUUUAUAUUCUAUAACACAGAUUAUAGAGUUUAAAACGUACAUACUGUACAUUCCGAUAUGGAUCUAGUCUGAUUAUAAAGAAACUUGUGAACAGAAAUUAGGAACACAUGUGUGGAAAGCACUGGAUAGCACCUACACUAAAACCAACAUCCUUCUUGGCUUAGUCAUUUAAAAUAUAUAUGACAAUAAUAAUAUUGUUUGAAAGAAAAGUUCCAGAAAUGAAAAAUGGAUGUCAUAAAACCCAUAUGAUGUUAUUUUUUCUGAGGAACAAAAACAUUUUAAAGAAUGUCCGAGCUGCUGGUUUCUAUACAAUUAAAGCAUACAGUGGCCAGUGGCUAGAAACUCCCAAAUUAAAAACUUUGUAUGACUUCAAGUGAUUGUAAUAUAAUGCACAAGCAAUAUGGAUUACUUUUAUGAUCAUUUAUGGUCCUUUUUGGUGCUUGGCAGUAAAAGUUACCAUCCAUUUUUGUUGAAGCUCAGACAUUCUUUAAAAUUCUUUAAAGAAAGAAAAUCAUUCAGGUUUGUAAUGACAUGAAGGUGAGAUACAUUAUUGGGUGGAGCUUUUCUUUAAGGUACAAAAUCUAUACAUUCCCACCAAUCCUGGAUAACAAGCUAAUCCCAGUAAUCAGAUUUCCACUGUCACAUUUUCGUGAAUGUGACCCUGCUGCUCAGUUCGGUCUCUGUACAAUUUUGGUGCAUCUUCAUGUAACUCAUUCGCAUUGUAUUAAGCUGAAGGACAAAAGAGAGAUUACUCUCACUGUUACCAUGUUUCCUUCAACUGUGUAUAAACUCCUGGGACAUUUGUUUCUUAUUAUAUAAGUGGUAAAAUAAGCCAAACAAGUGCAAUUUCCCUUCUUCAACAAGUUCAUUUUCACAUGUCGUAAACUGCCAUUGCACUGACAUGACUGCAAGCCAAUGGCAAUUUAAAGCUUGGUUGAAAGGAUCACAAUUUUAUCAAUGCAACUUUCUCUCACUCCACUGGAGAGGGUAUUGUAUGCUUUAAGCAUGUAUCUAUGUAUAGGUCUUCAUAAAGCUAGCUCCUUUGAGAGUACUUUUGUCAUAUGAAGACCCUCUAGACUUUUACAAUUUGAAUAGAAAAUCACUUUUUAAUAUAAUGUUAUGUAACGAUCAUGUAAAAAAAAGAUCCACCAUAAGAAAAGAAAAAUGUUGUGAAGAUGUGAAGGUAUUACUAAUUGCUAUUUUGUUAUAUAACAUAUUUUUUAACAGAAACUCAAUCUACAAGGCUAAGUUGCAUAUUUAUUUUAUGUAAAUCAUAUUUAUAAUGCUGUUUUCACAGAGAAGUGAUUCUUUGUAAAUUGUAAAUAAUUCAGUUUUUUUCUUGUGUUGAAUGCAUGUAUGUGUCCCCGAGAGAACACAAUACAGUUAUU